UCUCUAUGGAUUUUUUCCUUUCUCAGGAAGCCAUACUACUUCUAACCAACUUCCUUGUGUCUCCCAGGUAUCUCUGCCAUCUUCCAUCAACAAUGCUCCUUCUGGCUCCGCAUCACUUUGCUCUCCUCAGCUUCCUGGUUUGCCUGGGGGCACCCAGCUGGGCACAACGCCCACAUAUUCAGCUGCGCCUUGUGGGGCCCAGGAGCCAAGUGGGAGAAGGUCGUCUAGAAGUGCUGUACGAUGGACAGUGGGGCACCGUGUGCGAUGACGAUUUUAACAUCUACGUAGCCGGCGUGGCCUGCAGGGAGCUGGGCUAUGAAGGGGCCACAAAUUGGGCUCACAGUGCCAAAUAUGGCCCAGGAGACGGUCCCAUCUGGUUGGACAAUAUGCGUUGCUCUGGCACCGAAAGUUCCCUGGCUGAAUGUGAAUCCAAUGGUUGGGGUGUGAGCGACUGCAACCAUAAUGAGGACAUUGGUGUGGUAUGCACAGGCCUGAGACGACCAAAUCCUGCUUCUUCACACUUUCAGCGACAUACCCUCCUUCUCUUCUUUGGGCAGGGCUCCAAAGUGGAAGAGGUGCGGAUUAAGCCAAUCCUGGCCCGGGCCAAGUUAAGUUCUCCCAUCACAGAAGGUGCUGUUGAAGUGAAGCUCCAAGGACGCUGGCGCCAGGUGUGUGAUGCUGGCUGGACUCGCAACAACACUCGAGUGGUCUGUGGGAUGCUGGGCUUCCCUCGAGAAGGGCGGGUGACAACAGGCUUCUACAGGAAACUCUGGAACCAGAAGCUGAAGGAUCCAAGGUCAAGUUUAAAGAGCCUGAGUAGGAACAACACAUUCUGGAUCCAUCGAAUCAAGUGCCAGGGCACUGAGGCCCAUCUGGGACAAUGCAAGUUGCAGGUUCAGCCGCCAUCGCGAAAUAAAUCUUCCUGCCCCCGUGGCAUGCAUGCACUCAUCAGUUGUAUAGCUGGCCCUGAAUUCCAGCCCAACAAAGCCAAGCUGCCAGCAAAGUCAAAAUCCAAAGAGAAAUCUCAGGUGCGUCUCCGUGGAGGUGCACAUGUAGGAGAGGGGCGUGUGGAAGUGGUGAUGAAUGGCCAGUGGGGCACCGUGUGCGACGAUGGCUGGGACCUGCCUGCUGCCAGUGUGGUGUGUCGACAGCUGGGAUAUGGCACAGCCCGAGAGGCUCUUUUAGGAGCCCAGCUGGGUCAAGGCCUGGGUCCUAUCCACUUGACCAGAGUGCGGUGCAGAGGCUAUGAGCGCUCAUUGGCAGAAUGCAGUUCUCAAGAGGCAAGGCAGACUGGAUGCCGGCAUGAAGCUGAUGCUGCUGUUCGCUGCAAUGUGCCCCAAACAGGUGUCCAUAAACAGGUACGUCUUGCUGGUGGACGCAGCCCAGAGGAAGGUGUGGUUGAAGUGCUGAUGUCCAGGGGAGGCACCUUACGCUGGGGCGCUGUGUGUGGGGAACACUGGGGGCUGGAGGAGGCCAUGGUCGUUUGCCGGCAACUGGGCUUGGGCUUUGCCAGCCACGCUCUCCAGGAGUCAUGGUACUGGCAGGGCAACCCGGGUGCUACUGAGGUGUUGCUGAGUGGCACACGUUGCAAAGGCACAGAACAUGCCAUCCAGCAGUGCCAGCACCAUGGACCUGUGCACUGCCCCACAGGAGGAGGCCGUUUUGCUGCCGGGGUCACCUGCACCAACAGCGCCCCAGAUCUGGUGAUGAAUGCUCAAUUGGUGCAAGAGACGGCUUAUUUGGAGGACCGUCCACUGAACAUGCUGUACUGUGCCCAUGAAGAAGGCUGCCUUUCUGCUUCUGCUAAUCACAUGAACUGGCCUGAUGGUUACCGGCGACUGCUCCGCUUUUCCUCACAGAUUCACAAUCUGGGAAGAGCAGAUUUCCUCCCCAAAACUGGCCGCCAUGCAUGGAUUUGGCACCAGUGCCAUAGUCACUAUCACAGCAUUGAGGUUUUCACCCACUAUGACUUACUGACCCUCAAUGGCUCCAAAGUGGCUGAAGGACACAAGGCCAGUUUUUGUCUGGAAGAUACCAACUGUCCAGAUGGACUGCAGCGGCGUUUUGCCUGUGCUAAUUUUGGAGAACAAGGUGUCAGUGCAGGCUGCUGGGACACAUACAGACACGACAUAGACUGCCAGUGGGUGGAUAUCACUGACGUGCCACCUGGGAGUUACACAUUCCAGGUGAUUGUGAAUCCCAAGCAUGAGGUAGCAGAGUCAGAUUUCUCCAACAAUGCCCUUCGCUGCCAAUGUCAGUACGAUGGACACCGCCUCUGGUUACAUGGAUGCCAUACAGGUGAUGAAUACGGUGCCAACAUAGCAUGGGAUGAAGAGGCACAGCAAAGACUAGCCAGCAACCUUGUCUGAAGCAAGACACUCCACAAGGAACUUGGGGUUUUCAAGGGUUCCUGGGCCCAGAUUUGCUCAAGGCUCAGAGCAACGUGACAAGGGCUGUUGCAGAGCUACAGCUGGCACAGACUGGCACAAGAACGAUAAGGGCUUCUCUCUUCCUGUUCCCUAUCUUGAGAGUGCCAACAUCCAAGGCCACAUUUCCUCACUGUCAAUGUUGAACCUUUCACCACGUUUCACAAAUCAGACUGCCUGGUUUCCUUCCUAUAUUUAUUGAGACUGGUAACUAUGGACAGUGCAGGGCUGAUAUGAGUGGGAACCAAGGAGGAGAGGUUUUCCUCUUUCUUCUACCUACUCUCCAAGUCAAGAAAGUAGCCCUGCUAAAGAGAGGUGGUCUUCUCUUGCCUCUCUGGCAGAAGGGGUGUGUGAGCAGCACAGCCCGGAACAACUACCUCAACCAGCUCCAUCUAUUGAAGAUGUAUUUCUCAGGAGCUUGGUUUAUUUAGGGACACGCCAGAGCUACCUACUGCCUGCCCCUCCAUGGGCAUAUGUACGCCUGCAGGCCCAAGAAUCUACAGUCAUGAGUUUGAAAAUGAAUGCCUGCAUUUUGGUCAAAGCUCAACACAAAGAAGCCCCCAAUGUCAUAGGACUUCGUGUUCUAAGAGAGGGGUUUAAAAUAUUAAGUGGCUAGGAGAAGAGAAGUUGUGGAUUUACUCAGAAUGCAAUGAAAUGUGAUGGCCCCAAAUACAGUGGCUAAAGCCUGGUGGGGGAGGCGGGCCACUUGCUCAGGGAAGAGUCACAGUCCCGUUUCACCAAGAUGAAUUAAAAGGGCUCUUUGAUGCCAUCUUUAAUGGAAUUUGAUUUACCAAUAAAGACUUUUUGAACCAAA